ACCUGAAGGCACCACGGGCGUGAGGCUGUUAACGGGGAGAAAGGCGUCUCUGCCACGUCUCUGCAGCUGCAGCCGAGUCUGAGCUCCGGGAUGGGCCGGCUGAUGGUGGGAGGAUGACAAGGGGAACAAGGAGCGACUGAGGAAGGGGAGCGGAAGGAAAGAGGAGGAAACAAGCCGAAGCCGCAGCACCGAGAGGAGCGACCACAGCACAGCUCGGCCUGUUGUUUCCAAACUGAAGGCGUCGGUGGGCUCCUGGUUCCCUCUUAAAACCGAGGGGGAGACCCAUGGUGAGCUCAGGGACGAUGGAUGAAUUCAUAACCGAAGAAGAAGAGCCUUGGUACGACCAGCAGGACCUGGAGCAGGAUCUCCACCUGGCAGCAGAGCUGGGGAAGACGCUUUUGGAGAGGAACAAAGAGCUGGAGGAUUCUCUGCAGCAGAUGUACAUCACUAAUGAGGAGCAGGUGCAUGAGAUCGAGUACUUGACGAAGCAGCUGGAGGUUCUUCGGGAAAUGAACGAGCAACACGCCAAAGUGUACGAGCAGCUGGACGGCACAGCCAGAGAACUGGAACGCACUAACCACACACUAGUGACGGACAGCAAAGCCUCACAGGAGAAGAUCGAGAGGCUGACGGGGACAAUCGAGGGUCUGCAGAACCAGGUGGAGGGUUUGUCAGCACAGGUGGACCAGCUUCGCUCAAUGGAGCAGCUUCGGGUCAAGAGAGAGAAGAGGGAGCGACGCAAAACCAUCCARUCAUUCCCGUGCCUGAGAGAGCUUUGCACGGCACCCAGGUAUGAGGAUGAGUUUGUAGUGGGCCGAGCUGAGAGCUUUACUCUGGAUGCCAAGCGUCAGCCGUUCGAGGAGGACAACCAGCACCUGAGGGAGGCGGUGUCGGCUCUGCGAGCAGCGGUCCGGACUGAGCGGGGUCGAAGGGAGGGGGUGGAGAAAGAGUGCAACCUCCUGAUUGCAGAGUUCUCUCGGCUGCAAACACGAGUCCAGGAUGCUGAGAGCUGCCAGGCGAGGGUCCGGGAGCUGGAAGUGGAGCUGCAGGAGCUGCAGCAGCUCCGUCGCGCUCGGACUUUCCUGCUGAGCAGCGAGGAUGAUGGCGUGGCCCUAACCCAGACCGUCCUCAGCAUCACCCCGGAGACCGACACGUUCCUGGAAGUGGAGGCCAGGGAUACUGGAGGAGGCGUGAGGGAAGAAAGCGAAGGCGGAGGAGGUGUCGGAGGCGAGGCGUUACCCGAGUCCAGCCCCGUGAGGAAGAGCUGCAGCGACACGGCGCUCAACGCCAUCGUGGCUCGGGACGCGUCUGGUCGGAGGAGAGGCAGCUACGCGCUCCACGCCAACAGCGUGAGGAAACGAGGGAUGUCCAUCCUCAGGGAAGUGGACGAGCAGUACCACGCCCUGCUGGAGAAAUACGAGGAGCUGCUGGGGAAGUGCAGGCGGCACGAGGAGAGCCUGUGUCACACUGGGGUGCAGACUUCCCGGCCCGUGUCUCGAGACCCAUCCAUGAAGGACUGUGCCAUGGGCCCCACCUCAGCACCUCCUCCCACACCCACCCAGUCGCCUUCCACCCCUGAAGCCAUCGAGUCCAUUAGCAAGCAGGUCGAGGCCGUGGAUAAGCGGCUUYGGCAGAACACGCCGGAGUACAAGGCCCUUUUCAAGGAGAUCUUCUCUCGCAUCCAGAAGACCAAGAUGGACAUCAAAGCUACCAAAGCUGCUAAAACCAGCAAGACUGGGAAAUCUGGCAAAUCCAGUAAACAUUAAACCCACUCAAUCUCAACAGAAAACGUUGCUGUUUAAGUGAGGUGUUUGUGAACGAGGGUCUUUUAGAGGCUUUUGCUUUGAAUACCGUUAAACUGAAUACAGCUCCCCUUUUAUCACGAGCUAAACUCCUCAAACAGAUAAACUAAGUUAACUUUGCAUGAAAUCACUUCUAAACCCUGUCGAAAUUCACUCAGGAUUAUAAAACCUGAACUGAUUUGUUGAAACUUUAACCUUUUUAUUCUUCUUCCUACUUAUAAAAUAUAGAAGUAUACUUAACUGCCUUACCUAGCUUACACAGGACACUUAAAAGGAGAAAAAUGCCUCAAUAUUGCACUAAAAUCUUGUUUCAUUAAAACUGUGAAUAAAUCUCCUUUCCAAGGUGUGGAAAUCUAAAUGUAAUAUGAACAUAAUGUAUAUUUGUCAUGUUUAAAAACCUUAACAUUCGAGAAUUCACACAAACACCAAGGUUGAUCUCCCAAUUCUGUUUGUGUUUURAAAUGAAUUUGAGGUGCUAAAAAUGAAUCCUACAACUGCUAUUAUCAUUAAAAAUAUAAUGAAACAAUA